AUGCUGGGGUACCAUGUACGUGCAUUGUCGGUACGAAAAUGCCUUGUCUGGAUGAAUUUAGGGAGUGUGAGGAAUGUCAACACCUAUUUGCCUUAUUCAGAAUAUCAUCCAAAUAUCUAUCCUCAAGUGACGGGAGAACUUUGUGAUCCGGAGUUUCCUCCUGAUAGAAGACGUUUAUCUGUUGUCAAUCGACAACCUCAACUACUAAAUAAUAAGCCAACUAAAUAUACAAGACAAAAAAUUGACUGGCGUGGUCCGGAAACUUUAUUUAACAAAUUAAACUAUCAUCAGUACGGAAUACAAAUAAAGUCACAUAGUUGGAUGUGUAUAUUCAAUAACAGGAUAAAUGAUGCUUCCACAUGA